AUGGCAACCGUUGAAGUGACCCAGAGUGGACUUCCUUCCUUCAACUGGACUCCACGAGGAACUGGAGCUUUGGUAUCAGCAGCGGCCCCUUGUGCCCAUCUGCCUCCUUGGGGAGGGCAGAUGAAUUUGGAUUUACUCAGGGACGGCUUUGGGGACAAGCCCCUUUUGUACUGUCUGAUUGCAGAAGUACACAAUCAUCAAAAACCAUCAGGUAAAGUGACUGUUGGAUUUGCCAUGUACUACUUCACAUACGACCCCUGGAUUGGCAAGUUACUUUACCUAGAGGACUUCUAUAUCAUACAAGCUUACCGAGGUCUAGGUAUUGGAGCCGAAAUGCUGAAGAGGCUAAGUCAGAUAGCCAUCAGAAGCCAGUGUAACUGCAUGCACUUUCUUGUCGUCAUUUGGAACCAGGCUUCUAUCGAGUACUACACUCGUCGAGGGGCUUUAGACCUUUAUUCCGAGGAGGGCUGGCAUCUGUUCAGGUUUAACAGAGAAGAACUCAUGGACAUGGCAGGGGAAGAGUGA